UGUGACAGUCAGUACUGACAAUUCGUACAUAUAGUUGUGAGAUCAACUGGUUUAGCUACGUGGGUAUUGACUGUGGAAUAUUGUUAGCUGACGAAUAUUUCGAAAGCACGAAUUAGUGAAAAAUACGAUGCCGUGGUCGACAAUUUUACUUUUCGGCGAUUCAAUAACAGAGCAAUCGUUCAGCUCUCAAGGUCGAUGGGCUGCAUUGCUAGCAGAUCGCUUUCAAAGAAUGGCAGAUGUAAUUCCGAGAGGAUUUUCUGGAUAUAACACUCGAUGGUGCAAAAUUUUGCUGCCCGACAUUUUAAACUCUAUCAAUGCCAAGGACGUUAGUUGUAUGACAAUUUUUCUGGGAGCGAAUGACUGUUCGUUACCGACAUCCGAUCAAUACGUACCUGUUGAUGAAUUUCAACAAAAUCUUGAAACCAUGAUCAGUAUUUUAGAAUGUCGCGGCAUAGUUCGACAGAAAAUUGUCUUUAUUACGCCGCCAAUAUAUUUUCACUCUCAUUUUGUAGCUGCUAGCGCUAAGGAUGGUGACCCAGAUCCACUGCGCAGUGACGAUCGCCCGGCAAUAUACGCUAAGGCUAUGGUCGAGUUGGCUGAAAAAUUGAACGUAUCUGUGGUAGAUGCUUAUUCGGCAUUUGCAGCAGAUGGACGAGGCGAAGAGUUAUUCUAUGAUGGCCUUCAUUUUUCACCAGCCGGAUCGGAACUUCUGUAUAAUUUGGUAGUAAAAGACAUUGAGGCUAGAGUACUUGCUUUUCGGGAUGAAUCAUCUGCGAACGAAACGAUAAAUUACGCGCGAUGGAGAGAUGUCGAUGGUGGCAAUUUGGAGGAAAGUCUCUUUCGUCAGACAACGGCGAAGAAUUAAAUGAAUAACCAAAAAUGUAGAAAUUCUAGCAGUUUCAGAGUUAAUAAAGUUGAGUUAAUUGAAA